GAUCGAAACGAAGUAAACAACUAAACACAUUCGCAAAAACGAAAAUUGGCGCGCUGAAUAACGUCGCCAUCUUGUUGGUAGCUAAAGCCUACAUACUCCUGGGGGCCAGUCUGUUGGUGUUUGUAGGCCGUAAGUGGUGGCGAGAGAGCCCAAGGAAGGACUAAAAAUUUCCCCCGACACGACAAUAAAAUUCAUCCAGAUCCAAAAAAAACAAACGAUUAAUCACGUUUUUUUUUCGGCUGUUGUGGCAGUGGUGGGUGAAAUCAUCGGUUGUAAACGUGUUCUCGUGGUGUUGAAGUGCUGGUGUACAUCGAGAGGAGCCCCGGGACGAUCCCCCGGAGACGAAAAAGCGUCCAAGGAUCGACAAAUUAAUACCUAGUUAUUCUUAAUCAAGAAAUAAAGGGCUUAUUUCCGGGACGAGGUUUGUUUCUUCAGUAUUUCAACGGCUGGUGUCUGCUUUCAGGACUGCCCUCGAACUUCCGACAGGUCUGAACAUGAGUUCAGCAUCAACUGGUGGUACUGAGGGUUCAAGUCCUGCAUCGAGCCCAGCAUCAGCUGCUAGUCAAGCCAUGGCAGCGCCUAAAUACGGUACACUAGUGCCAAAUCGUAUAUUUGUGGGCGGAAUAUCAGCGAACACGAGUGAAGGAGAAUUGACCCAGUUGUUCUCAGCAUACGGUAAUGUCAAAGCAACGAAAAUAAUACUUGAUCGUGCGGGUGUAUCAAAGGGAUAUGGAUUUGUCACAUUCGAAACCGAGGAGGAGGCUAAACGUCUCCAGCAGGACUCUGAGGGAAUUAUUCUUCGUGAGAGAAAAUUAAACAUUGCACCGGCUAUUAAAAAACAGCCAUUCAAUCGGUCCUUCGACGGCGGCUCUGGCUCUCCACCUGCUGUGCCUACAAGUCCCUACUUCUAUGGAAUGGGAUUACCUUAUCAAAAUGGAUUGACGUUCUACAAUGCAGGCGGCCCAGCUCCAGGAACACCUCUGGCCCCACCAACAGAUCCAGCAGCUUUGUACCAAGCAGCUGGAGUAUUUGGCCCUCAGGCAGCUUCUGCACACCAGACAUUCGCGCCAAUGGUAUAUCCCUGCCCGGCGCCGUCCCUGUACAUGCCACAUCAGUAUCAGUAUCCUCCGAUGCCCUAUGAGUCGUAUUACCCUGGAGCAGCUGGUGCACCACCUUAUUUAUUGACAAGUGGUGGAACAGUUAAUGGAACAAGUGUUGGAACCAGUGCCCAAAAUACAUCAGUGACUGGUGCAACCAGUCCCCAAGCAACCCAUCACUUCUAUCCGAGUUCAGGGCCAUCAGGUGGCCCACCAGGUCAUCAUCACCAUCAUCAGGCUGUGCCCAGUGGUCCGGGGUCCAAUCAGCAAGGAUUGGAUCCAAUUUACUACGGAUUUUCUGGGCCACAUCAGCCACAAGGACAGGCAACACCGCAGCAUGGAAAUAUUGGACUUGGUGAGCAACAGCUGCUCCUCUUUACGACUGAUUGCCAACAGCCUCCCAACUCUGAUGGUCAAGGAGUUACACAAGAGGAGACACGAUCAACGUCCAGCCAUUCACAAACCGACGUAUCCCAUCCCCAUCAAACCCAACCCCCUCUGAACCAUUCCCCAACUCCCUCAAACCCCCCCACAACGCCCUUGAUGUCCCUGAUGCCCCUGAAAUACCCCCUCACCCCAAGAUACUCAAACUAUCCUCAUCCUCUCUCCCUCCCCCUACCCCCAACUCCUCCCCAGACAUACCAAACAGAGGCUGAUGAGGCCCCCACAGGUCCCUUGCAUUGUAGAACAUUCCCGUACCAUCCAUUGUACUUUCAGAUCCCCUACAACACUCCCAGCCUUCUUCCUACCCCUCCAAAUACCCAGACUACCUCUCAGAAGAACCUCUACACACCUCCAAGGGGCCAAAAUGGCUAUUCCCUCUUCUCAAAUAUCCAUCAGGCCCAUUAUCCCAAGUCCCAGGCACAAAGAAAUUCACAAACACCUCGAAAAUCACCAACAUCAUCCUACGUCGUCACUAGGGGCUUUGACAGAUCAACGGGUCUGACAAAUACGUCGAGAUCGUUUGCUGGUAAAAACAGUGGUGAGGUUAACAGUGGACGUAGAAACAUGAGAAAUGGAGGCAUUGGAUACAAGAGUGGAAUGAAUGGGCCUGGAGACGAGGGUAAUGGGUCUGAUAAAAAUACUAGUCCACCACCAGCACCGUACUCACCCAUGACCAGACCAUUACCCAAUUUUUCACCAACAAAUCUUCAGAUGCAGUUCUACAAUGCUCAGGGACGUUACCAAGCCCCAGGACAAUCCCCCAGCACUCAGAACCUCUCUCAGGCACCGCCUCAGCACCAGCGUAGACCGCUACCAUCGCAGAAUAAUUCCAUCGAUGACAAAAAAAACCAGGGGAGAUUUGGUAUCGGUCAGAGCUACUUCAGAAAUACAAAGCUCAAAGUCAAUGGCAUUAACUCCAAACCACUGAAAGAGGGUAUCGGAGGAGCUGGUGAUGCACAGGGAGCCAGGAUGCAGAUGACAUCACCCAGAAAUACCCAGGAUAAUCAAAUUUCCGGGGCGUGUCAUCAGAUUGAGGGUCUUACCCUCUAGAUAUCACCCCUAGAGUCAUAUUUUUUCUCUUUGAAAAAUCAUUUUCAUGGAAAUCAAUGUUUCCCACUGUAUUGUUGUCAAUAUUUUGAGAGGAAUAUUCAAUUUUUCACUCUCAAGGCCAUAAAAAAGAAUAAUCAAAAGUCUCGUAGAAUUAUUUUGAUUAUUUUUUUUAAUCAAACAAAAAAGGUAAAGAGAUCCGACGAUUUUUGGGAGUGAAAAAUACAUUUUCUGGGCCUAAGUUUGUUUUCCAUUUUUGAUGGCCUAAAAAUGUCAUAAAAUAAUCCUCGAUAUGAAAUGUUGAAUAAUGAAAAAAGGCUCUUUAAUACUUCCUGAUUAUAUAAAAAAAUCGUUAUAUAAAACGUUAUUAUAUAUAUAUGUGGUAAGGAUAUGGCAUGUUAAAGAUUUAAAAAACUCUAAUGAUUAUUUAAGGAAGUUAUUAUAGGCUUUUUGUUUAAUAUUUAAAACUAAUAUAUUACGAGAUAAUAUAUGGAUAUAUAUAUAUAUACAUAUAUAUAUUUACACUUAAUGCUGGGGGGGAAGGGGGAGGGGGUGGGCACGCAUUAUUUAUAUCACUAAAAGAAUAAAGGAUUUAGGAUAAGAAUUAUUUAGUUAUUUAGGUAAUGGGACUUGAUAUUGUUUCUAGAGUAGGAAAAAUUUGUAGGUUAUUUCUCCCAUUAUGAGGGGUAACAAAUGCUAGGCUCUUAAAUACUGAAGAUAUAUUUGUGAGCAAUGCUAGAGUAGUUAGGAAGUCGACGAGGCUGAGGAUUCAUGAGAAGGGAUUAUUUGUCUGGGAUUACUGAGGGGGAGGGGUGAUUGGUUAUUGGGGUUUGGCAAUAUCCUGAGUUGAGCUCUUGAGAUGUUCCCGGUUAUCUUGGAGAGGAAGGGUUUUAUCCAAAAAUGUCAGAGGGCAUUUUUUUUGCUGGACAAAUUCUCAAUAAAAAAUUAUAUUUGACAUUUUUGGCUGGAACCACUUGUUAAUGAGAUAAUUACGGUUUAUGCUGAUGGAAAAUUUAAGGGGGUUGUCGGCGCUUAGAUGUCAAUAAUCUUUUUGGCAAAAUAGAACUUUUGACGAAUUUCUGCUGAUGGUUCCAUCAGUUCCGUUUUUGGAAUUGAUUUUUUCCUCGCGAAAUGGAAAAAAUGGAAGGGGGUGAGCCGAAUUUUUCAUCAGCUGUAAUUAUUUCUUUAAUAGUUUGUAAUGAAAAAUUUAUGAAAUCCCAGUCUCUCAGAUUUCAACCCUCCCCUGACGAUUGAAUCCCAUUAAAAAAAUGAUAGAUUGGAAUUCGCGGAAUGGCGUAAGUUCUUCGGAAUUCCACUUUCCCAAAAAUCAUUAGAAAAUAAAAACUCAGUGAAGUUUGUACUUAAAAAUCAAUGUCAUUCCCCCCCGACGUGAAAAAAUUCCACAAAGAGGAUAUUGCAUUGAGCAAUUUAAUUCCGAACAACUGAAUUCCAAUCAAUAACGAAGAAUAACGAAAGAAAAAUACUUAAAAAUAUUGAAUCGUACAAAAGAAAAAAAAUACGAGCGAUCUGUCAUGUGUUCAAAGACGUAAAAAAAAAACUUAACUAAAGUGUUUUUGGGGUACUAGUGGGACAAUGGAAAUAUCUACUCAUAAAAAAAGGUUGCUCAAGGCACUGCCAUCUUGUCUACGAGAUAAUGAAUCAUCGAUAUUUCGUUUUCAUUAUUAAAUUAUUUAUUUAAUCACUGAUAAACGAUUAUCCGGAACGUACUUAAGCUUUCAUUUGCCCAUGUAUCAAUAAUUUUCCCAUUAACUAUUGUUUAAUUAAUUAGUUCAACCACAAAGUGAUUAAAAGACAACUACGAGUAUUGGAGCAACUUGGCUGGUGGCCCUAAAAAACUAUUAAAAAAUGAAGGAAAAUAUUUAAAAAUAUUAAAAAAAAAAGUGUCGGCUGUGAGCUUCCAAGCAAAUAACAAUAAUUAAAUUAUUAUUAAAUAAUUAAUGAAGUGCGGGAGAGGAAAAAUUCAUUAUUAAUCGAUAAAAAUUAUUUCUUUUGUGUCAAAUAUUGGUUAAUUCGUAAUGUAUUGUCCAUUCGUUUAUCUGAAAUGUUGAAUGUACGAGGGAUUAUUUAAAAGGCCUAGAUACGUCUGAAAAUGGAAAAACGAUAAAAAAAUGUUAAUUGUUAUGAACAGAAAGUUUAACAAAAAUAUUAUAAGAGUGCCUUCUACUCGUUUUUCGUUCGUAGUUCUAUUGUUUCGUCUCAUUUAAAUGUGAAAUGUUUUUUUUUUUCGUUCUGUUGAAGUAUUCGAACAAUUCGUCUUUUGGUAAAUUAUAAUUUUGUUUUUUUUUGCAAGGCGAUAAUUUUUUUUUGCGUUUGAGAAAAGACAUCGGAGUAUUUUAGGUGUUACAUUAAGGAUAUAUGAAUUAUAUAUGCGAACAGCUCAUUUCGACACCUAUUUCUAUGUAUGAUACACAGAUAUUAUGUGCAGAGGGAGAAUAAAUAUGUUGUUAAAUGUGGAUGAGUGGGGAGAGGAUGGUUAUGCAUUCUGUGAUUAGAUUCUGAAUUGUUGUUGAAGAGUCAAUGGUGAAGUGGCGAAUUGCGAGGGAUUGGGGAUUAGUUAUGGGUGAGAUAUCUUGGAAACCGAUGGAGAUGACGCAUUUCGCCACUUCGCUAGUUGAUUAUUUACAGUCCAAGUAGACUUACGAGAGAUUUUUGGUGGAUAAUCUGACCGGAAAUAAUUACCACCUCUUCAGAGACAUUUUUGGUAUAAUAAAAUGAUGACACCUAUCUCAAUCGCAGAAUAAUUAAUUCAGUCAUGAAGCUUGAAACAGAAGAUUGUUAUAUUGUUGACAUGAUUUUUUUCGAUUAUCUCCGAAUCGCAGAGAGAUAGCGAAAUCAUCAUCUAGACCUCUUUUGUAGAAAAUUUCACAAACUACAAAAAAGCAAUAAUGAAAAUUUUGUUAUCCCGAUGAGGUCUCGAGAUAUUCAAUGAAAACUGAAGUCUACGGCUGCCGAAAUGAACUUAUUUUCAGUUUAAAGCUUCAUUACCGAGUUUAUCUCACAAAUAAGGUUCUUAAAAAUCGUGCACAUGUCGAGUAACUAGUUUACUGAAGCGUGAAAGUCCAGAGGAUGAUGGAAAAAUUGUUACGCGAAUGUCGAGCUGGCUGUGACCCGCGAUUUUGUCAGAGAAAAUAGGUAAUGAAAAAAAAAAUCUACAAAUGUUGCGGUUAGGGCGUGAAUUUGGAUGUAACACGAUUAACUCGUGCCCAUAGAGAUAUAAUAUAUAAACUGAAUAUAAAGUAUAUGCUUCGAGAUAAAACAAAUGUAUAUUAAGAAGAAGAAUAUUAAACAAAUUAAUACAAAUGCUAGUUGAAUAAUAUAAUAGAGGAGACUAUACGGAGAUGAGAAAGCUCGAUAGAAAUACGGAGAUUUGAGUGGUUGAGAAGCGACUGUUAUCAAUAAAUUGACAAAAUAUUGUUGAUAAUACAUUUUUCAA